GACCGUCGCGUUGCGAGGACCUGUCGUCGUGGUGAGAAAGAAAAAGAGAAAGAAAGAAAGAGAGGAAGAGGAGGAAAGAGAGAGCCGGUCGCACGACCGACCGUUUCUCGCCGGGGAAGGCAUUUAAUCCCCGUCGUCACGUGCGUUCGUCGAGCGCACCCUCGAGACUUCGACGGCGGUGUGGAACUGCGAGAGGAAGAGGAAAAUCCUGGAGGUCGAUUAAAUUUCACCGUCGCGAGAAACAGUGUCGUCGAUGAAAGUCCGGGACCAUCGGUUGAAUCUCCCCUGCGUAUAACCCAGCACCAUGGUAUGACACUCGAUUGAGGUAGCCAGCCCAUAAGCGACGAGCCAGCGCAGCAGCCGAACGCCAUGAGCAAGCUAUUUCAAUUUCUGGCUCUCCUCCUGCUGGGUGUCAAUGCCAGACGGACCGACGGAGACAGACCUGCGGAUGACGCGUACGCCGGUCAGCGUCGCGGCACCCUCCACAAGUCGAAUUACAACGGCAAUAAUAAUUACAAUCAUCAGUCGAACUCACCCUAUCUGCCGUAUCAGCAGACCAGGGAGAGAAAGCCCAACAUCGUGCUGAUUCUGACGGACGAUCAGGAUGUCGAGCUGGGUUCGCUGAACUUCAUGCCACGGACCCUGAGGCGAAUAAGGGACGAGGGCGCCGAGCUGAGACACGCAUACGUGACCACUCCCAUGUGUUGCCCAAGUAGGAGCUCCUUGCUGACCGGUCGUUACGUUCACAAUCACGAGGUCUUCACGAACAACGACAACUGCAGCAGUCCCCAGUGGCAACGAGAUCACGAGCCGCACUCCUUCGCUGCUUACUUGAGCAACGCGGGAUACCGGACAGGAUACUUCGGCAAGUAUUUAAACAAGUACAACGGCUCGUACAUACCGCCGGGAUGGCGGGAGUGGGGCGGCCUCAUAAUGAAUUCGCGCUACUACAACUACAGCGUCAACAUGAACGGCAAGAAGAUAAAGCACGGCUUCGAGUACAGCCGGGACUAUUAUCCGGACCUGAUAGCCAACGACAGCGUGGCUUUCCUCAGACAGAGCAAACACAAUUUCGCCCGGAAGCCGGUAAUGCUCGUCGCGAGCUUCCCGGCGCCGCACGGCCCGGAGGACUCGGCGCCGCAGUUCUCGCAUCUCUUCUUCAACGUCACCACUCAUCAUACGCCGGCGUACGAUUACGCGCCGAAUCCCGAUAAGCAGUGGAUACUUCAAGUGACGCAGAAGAUGCAGCCCAUUCACAAGCAGUUCACGGAUCUCUUAAUGACGAAAAGAUUGCAAACUCUACAGAGCGUCGACGCCGCUGUAGACAGAAUCUAUCAAGAACUAAAGGAUCUGGGCGAACUGGAUAAUACAUAUAUCAUUUACACGUCCGAUCAUGGAUACCAUUUAGGACAAUUCGGGCUUAUCAAAGGCAAGAGCUUCCCAUUCGAGUUCGACGUGAGGGUGCCCUUUUUAAUCAGAGGCCCCGGUAUCGAAGCUGGAUCCGUAGUAGACGACAUAGUUCUGAACAUCGAUCUGGCGCCGACAUUCCUGGAUAUCGCCGGCGUCGAGACGCCGCCGCAGAUGGACGGUCGUUCCUUCAAGAAACUCUUCCUCAAUAGCAAGCACGGCAGAAGGUCAAAGUUUAAGUGGCCAGACACGUUUCUGAUCGAGUCCUCCGGCCGCCGUGAAACCCCAGAGUCCAUCGCCGAAUCGAAAGCGCGGGAAGCCAGGAGGCAAAACGCCACGCAGAGCAAACAGCUGCCAAGCUCUACGCCAGAAGAGGAAGAUGACAACAUCGCCGACUCAGAUGCCGAUGUCGAAGCGGAGCAUCGAUUCACGGACAACGACACCGGCAGCGACCAGGAUAUCUCGGAGGACGAAGACUUCGAGGAUUCAAUAAUCGACGAGACAAAUUCGGAUGCGCAUCUGGAUAACAGGGUGCACACACCCCUCUCGACGAAGCACGAGCGGCUCGCAGCGGAAUGCUCGCGGCCGGAAGCGCAGACCGAUUGCUUGCCCGGGCAAAAGUGGCGUUGCGAGUGGGACGGACACCGUUGGCGACGGCACAAGUGCAGGUACGCGGCACCCCCGCCGGUACAGAGGGAGUCGAAGAAGUGCGCCUGCUUCACGCCGACCGGCGUCGUCUACACGAGGCUUGAGUCCAACAAUUACGACGGCCACAGAUACGGUUUCGCUCGGGAGCGCAGACCCGCGGACCCUUACGGUGAUAUACCGAGGUACUUCGCCAAACGAGGCAAACGAGAAGUGUCCAACGAUAGCGUGUUGAAUCGGGAGAUCGAUGAGGAUUUCGACGCCGAUUUCGACGUGGAGGAGGAACGUGACAGGCGAGCGAUCGACGAGGAGGAUGACGAGGAUUUUCUGCGGGAGGUGAAUCUGCUAACGCAGCAGGUGAAGAGAGAGCACACGAGUGCGCGAGCGAGGAGUACGCGCGGAAAUGGAACGAGAAUCGACGACGAUAGCGUCGACAGGAAGGACUCGCUCGUCCCUGACUACCUGGAGCAAAAGAUCUCCGGCUAUUCGCUCGACGACUUCGAUCUCACGUUGGACAAAGUCGUCAAGGGCCGAUUGAACGUGGACGACGUGAUCAAGAGGCACCGGAGAGUACGGAGGAGCGUUACGAAGAAAGACACCAUCGAGCAUGUGACGAAGAUCAUGGAGAGCAUAGAGGAGGAAUUGGACGACUUGAAGCAAACUCAAGCCCGUCAUUCGUCUGAGGUAGUGAAGACACCGAAAUGCCUAGUCUUACCGAAAGGUGGUGUCAAUUGCACCGAGGCUGUGUAUCAUGAUCCUAACGAGUGGCGGAUCUCGAGGCGCGAGAUCGAGCAGGAAAUACGGAAAAUGCGAGAGCAACUGGAAUCGUUGAAAGAGAUUCGCCGGCACCUGAUGAAGAAGCGGCCACAAUUCCUCGCGGACCACGAGGAGAAGCUCGCCGACGCGGAAGAAUCCCGCGGCUCGCACCGACUUUACCACCACCCGCCGAAGGGUCACGCGAGUCGCCACCAUAAGAAAUACGACAAGACCACUCACGCCAACGCGGAGCGUGUCACGAGCACAUCCACGGAGCCGAUUGCAACAGAGACUGGUGCGGUUGACGAGAGGAUCUCGGCGACGAAGGAACGGCUCGACAAACACAGCACGAUUUCUGCGGAGAUUCCCGGGACCAGCGGUGCGACCGAGAUACCGGCCGCGACGACUACCAGCUCGUCGACGACGAAGUCGAAGAAACCAGCACGUCGGCAGAAGACGAAGGAAACGUCCAGCAACCGAACGGAGACCGAGGAGGACAAGCCGCAGAGGCGUAGGAAGCCGCAUCAUCAUCGGCGGAACAACACCUUGCUGACGAACAGCGUGCACGACGACGGCGUGGCGCCGCGUGCGACGCAAGUGAACGUGACCGACAACACCAACGAGACAACAUCGUCCACGCAGGACGUCUCGACUCGUGACGACCGCGGCUUCUCGACCGUGCCCGUCACGGCGACCGAGCGCACCACCACCGUGCGACAAGGAGCCGCGUCCCAGAGCGGCAACGAUCUUCAGAACGCGGAUCGCAACGCGGAACCAACCGCCGAGACCGAACCACCGGCGACCACCGUGACGCGAAUGACGAGCAGCCCGGUGAACGGUAAAGCCGCGAGUCCCGAUCGAUCGCGAAAUACGCCCGUCAGCACGACACCACUGACGAUGACUACUACGCAGUCCUUGAGGAAGUACACCAAGGUGCAGAAAAAUAGAACGUCGGGGGUCCUCGGCCCAGCCAGGAUAGACGUUACGAUCCUCGAGGCUCCCGGCAGGAGGCACAAACAAGGUGCGAGCGCGAACAACGGCCGGUCACAGGCGGCGCAAAACGGCUCGUUGGAACCGCGGUACAAGUGCUACUGCGAGCCCGACACGAAGAAAGACGAGAAGGAGAUCGCGAGGGAAGAGAGACGGAGGUUGAAGGAGGAACGUUUGAAGAAGAAAGAACGGAAGCUGCGGAAGAAGGCUAAGUUAGAGAAGGAGUGUCUGACAGAGAAGAUGAACUGCUUCGAGCACGACAACGAUCACUGGCGCACCGCACCGCUGUGGAGCGCUGGCCCGUUCUGCUUCUGCAUGAACGCGAACAACAACACGUACUCGUGCGUACGCACGAUCAACGUCACGCACAAUUUCCUCUACUGCGAGUUCACCACGGGACUCGUAACAUUUUACAAUCUGAGGAUCGACCCGUUCGAACAAUGGAACAGAGUGUCGUCUUUGACACUUACCGAGAGAUCCUAUCUGCACGAUCAAUUGGAACACUUGAAGGGAUGCAAAGGUACGAGGGAUUGCACGGUCGGCAGCGCUAGGGAGGCUCUGCCGCAAUAUCAGCAGCAUCAGCGAAUCACGAAGAGAAAGUACAGCGACCCGUAUGAAGAAGGUAGAUUCAUACCUUCGACGUUGCAAAUUAUGCGCGAGGACGGACUUAGCAGCACGACCAGCAAAAAGCGAAAGAAGUUGCCGAACGUCUGGAGUAGGCGCAGCAGAAGCUGGCAGAGUAAUUGGCGACAUCAUCAAGAUUCAACGAAUUUUCGGCACAGACACCCAUACUGAUCGAUAAUGCAUCUUUCUUUUUUUUCUAUACGCUUCAACAAUCGCGUGACAAAUUGCCCUAGGUAUACGUUGAUUUCGCAAUGCAUUUAGUAAUCUAAUUUAUUUACUAAUAAAUAACGAAGACCACGGUGAUAUUUAAAUUAAUGAGACAUUUUGAUUCCAUUAGAUCUUCAUCAUCCACAUAUCGCGUGUGUUCCUGAUAUAUUUUGUGGCGAUCGUAUCGGAUAUAUACAGUCGUUUGCACACGUUUUCUCCGAUAAAGUUGGGAGAACGUAAAAUGUUCAUGAUCGCGAAUCAUUGUUCACGAACUUGCAAGGUAAUCGGUUACGACAAAAGUCGAGUGACAGUACUCGGUGUAAAUAGUAGCCUGUUAUUUUAUCCGAUGGAGAUAACAGUAUAAUACAAAUACUUACGUUUGCCUUGAAUUUUUCAUUGCACUUUUUUCGGAUAUUUCGUAUACUAUCACUGCGGCUUCUGCCAUAAAAGAUUACUACGCAAGUCAGUAAUGGCUCACAAUCAUGGCCAUUUGAUGAAUACCUAACUUCACGGAAAAAGCGUGUGCAAACGUGUGUAUUUUUGAUUUCGAAACGAUUUAAACACUUUUUUCUCGAUGCAAUAGUUUGGUAAGCAGCCAAUGAGAGGGCAUAUUUUUUAUUUAUUCUCAAAAGUUAUGUUCUCUCAUUGGACUACGCUGUAUAGAGAAAAACUGUUCAAACCGUUCUGAAAUCAACUAUAUACCGCGUGAGAGUUUCACACGCGCUAUGUGGGACGCGUUUGAAUUUAUAGAUACGCGAAAUAAUAAGUUUCACACACCACGAUUGGGAUUGCGAAUAAUCAAUUUUUAGAAUAGAGGAAGAUAUAGAGACGUAGAUAGAUACAUAAUUCUACUUCGUACGUACACAUUUUUUUGUUAAUUUAUUUACUCUUUGGAGACGCGAAAUAUUUACGCGAAGGAUUGUAUCAUGCAAAUAACUUAUCCGAUUAUAGUUAGUUUUUGGAAAAAUGUUCGAGAUAAGCGUCACGCGUGCGCUCAUGCACGAAUAAUAACGGCUAAUAUUAAUGGCAUUUCCGUGUGAAUUAAUCAGAAAGAGAGAGAUGAUAGUGUUAUUAAAAUGUUUUUACUUCGACUAAAUCGACGCGAAGACGUAAAGUUAAUAUAAACAAUCAUUUUCGCUGAAAAAAUUUUCUUACAGUAAAUUACUGAAAUCAGCUGUGUAAUAGAAGACUGCGAACGCACAACGAAAACGGAAAAGGAUUUGAUCUUCCCUUGCCAACUGCAAUGUUCCCGCGAUUAUUUGUACAACAAUCAGAAAGUAUAACGUUUACCAGAUGCUGCCAUUUUAUUUAGCUCUCCCAUUGCCUUCGCGCAAUAAAAGAUAUGGUUGCUCUCAUAACGCACUGCCAAAAAAGAAUUUACAUUGAUAUUGAUUGUACAACAUUGAUAUUGAUUCUAGAGCGGGUACGGAUGAUCCGAGCACAUUAGUUAAAUUUUUAAGAUCAUCCAAAGAGUGUAAAUAUUAUUGUAAUAACAUUCUCAUUUGGAUCUUUGUCGAUUUUAUUUUUAAUGCGUAUAAUAUACAUAUAAAUUUAUAUUACUUUAGCAAAUACACAGCUGUUUUAGUAGAAAAAUAAUUAUUAGUAAUGUACUAUAUACGUUGAGGAGAAAGUAGGAUGCUGUUGAUGUAUAUUAAUAUAAUUACUUAAAAAAAGAAAAUAAUUGUAGGCACUUAUAUUAAAAAAAAAUAUAUAUAUAUACAUAUUCAAUCCUUAUAUUGCUGCUUGAGAAGCAUGGUCUUAAUAGGAAUGGUUUUGUAAAGUAUUUAUAAUUCCAUGCACAAAAGAGAAAUUCACAAUAGUUUAUGAAUUUAGUUUUAUGUCGAGAAUAUAAUCGUAAUACUGUAUAAGAAUGCAAGCUUUUGUGUAUAGCAGCAAUAAUUUUAAUCUUUCAAUCAGCAUUCUACCUUACCUAAAGAAAAGUCCUGCAUAUUAAACCAUUACUCAUUUACUUUUAUUUGACAAAGAAAAUAUAGCAGAAAGAAACAAAGUAUCUAUGCCACAUACAAUUUAGAAAAAGAAUAUUUCUUAAAAUAUAGAAGACAUUAAAUUAAAAAUAUUAUUCAGUUACCAAAAACUCUAUCGUAUAUAUAUGUGUGAAGUAAGUAAAUAAUUUAAGCGUUUAUUUGAAAUUCUGUAGGAUAUAAAAAUCUGUGAAAGAAAUAAUUCGACAAAUAUUUUCCUGAAUGUUUUACGUACUGAAUUCUAUAAUAAAAUGUUACUUUUCAGAAAAUUAA